CUGCGACACUCAUCGCUUGCCGUUCUAAAAUCGCUUCUCUCAUCACUGUAUAUCUACCGGCAUUCUCUCACAUCACCUCUUGCUUUCCACCAACCAGGGAAUACUAACUUUCACUACAGAUCUCUAUACAGCUCUUUUAACAUCAGCUCGUAGAAAUAGCCCUUUUUCACGGUUUUCUUGCACGUGAGGCAAUUUUAGGAAGCCCGAAAUUACCUCGCAUCCACGUUGGAUUACAUUGUAAUGGUAAUGAGGAAAGCAAACCGUGGAAAGGGCUUCUGAUGUUUCGUGGAUUUUAUUGUCUUCGCCUGUCAACUUGACGAUAUAUGAAAAUUGAGAGGAGAUUUUUCGAACGCGUGAAUCAAAGAGGGCUCAUAGCACUUCUCUUUUUCCUCAUCCCAGCCUCUCGUUACCCCUACCCCGCUUGGGGGUCUCCUUAUCAGAGCGCCGACCACUACUGGCCCAUGUCUAACAUUACAGACGGGAUCCUGGAAGAUGUGGAGGGUGCCGCUCACACUGUUGUACACAAUGGUGCAAAGAUAGUACAAGAUCCCCAGCUGGGAUACGCGCUGUCACUGGACGGCAAGGAUGACUGGGUGGACACAGGUGGUUUUAACGCGGAUUGCGUCACGGAACCAUCGACUUGCAAGGAGGGCUUUACAAUGACAUUCUGGCUGAAGGUGUAUAGCACUGGAUAUGUCAUGUCAUCUGGUUCUUUUACCAAUCACAGAAACGGACCUGGUUAUCAGCUCUAUUACCAACAAAGUUUAAAACGUUUUAAAUUUCUCCUCGAAACAAGAGACAAAAGAUGGACACUGCUCUUGCACGAGGAAGUUGGACUUUGGACCCACAUGGCUUUCACGUGGCGCGCGCGAAACGGACUUUCGUAUUACGAGGAUGGAAACCUGAGUACGUUUACAGACAAACCAGUGUCACUGAAUGUUCUAAGACAACAGAAUUACACUCCUGUAAUUACAUUAGCAAGGCCUAGUAACCUCAUGAGUUUUAAGGAGUUUGGAAAGUUUGAGAUUUCUCAGUUUGCCAUUUGGCUCAAGGAGCUGUCUGCAGAUGACAUAGCGGGUGUUUACCAAGAUGGACACGCUUUUCUCCAUCAGAACUUUGUUCUUUGCUGUCAUUUCAAAUCAGUGAAAUCUUGCGUCACAAAUCCUUGUGUCGAUGCUGACCAGUGUCGUAAACCAAGCGACUCCAGUCCUGCCGAGGAAGAGUGCAUUUGUCCAAGUGUAAACCUACGACUCAAAACAUGCGAAGAAAAGAUAACCGGAGAAUGUGAAGACAAAAGUACGGGAUGUAGAGAUUUCGCAGCACAGUCUCGUUACUGCGAACACAGAAAAAUGCGUGAAAUAUGCCCUAGAUCUUGUGAUUACUGUGCCCCCGAGCAUCCUUCCACAACGCUGAAACCAACAUUAAAGACCGCCUCAUCGUCCAUGUCCAGAGUCUCGCGGGAAUCUAGGGAGCCAACCCCACUCGUCCCGACAAACUCCCGUCCCGCGGGAAGCGGAGCAGCAAGUAAUCCAACCUUAUGGCCGCAAACGCCGACGAGACGAAGAUUGCCGCGAGGAGAAUCUUGUGAGGUCCUUGAGUGCCAGUACCAUGCAAAGUGUUUCCAAACUACAAACGGGUACGCUGAAUGCAGGUGCCCUCAGUGUCACCCUGAAAACGCCCCCGCGCGAGAGGCCUACGUGUGCGGAGACAACGACAAAUCGUACCUUACCAUGUGCGUCCUUAGAUUGGAAUCCUGUCUCCUUCAGACAUGGAUACAGAAAAAACACGACGGGUUUUGUGGCGCGCGAUACACCCAAGCGAAUCACUAUCUGCCGUUGAAUGGCACGACAGCACAGAAGAAGCUCCUUGACCUGCGCGGUAAUGCAUCCGGUGCUACCGAGAAUGGAGUCAAGCAGUCGACCGCUGACCAGAUAGGAUACGUGUUGACACUGGACGGUAUUGAUGACUUUAUAGAACUGAAGAAUAUAAAAGACCAGUGUGUCGUGGAUCCAAGCCUUUGUAGAGAAGGAUUGUCAGUGGCGUUUUGGAUAAAAUACAACGCAGGUAAAUUUAUUAUUUCCAGUGGACAAUACACCAAUGAGAAUUUCGGUCCCGGAUUUCGGUUCAUUUGUGAAAACUGCUCAAAAAAGAAAGGACCUCACCUGUAUCAGUCAAGAAGGUUUCAGCUUGAACUCUCCACGAUAAAUCACAAAUGGACAAUUCUGCUCGACCAUGUCCCAAGGUGGUGGUUUCAUUUUGCUUUCACCUGGAAUCACAAGCGUGGGUUGAAGUUUUAUAAAAAUGGCCAGCUUGUUGUAAGCAGCAGUAACCCAGAGACGGUAGUUGAUGGCAAGGGUAGGGCCAAUGAUGAAAUUACCAUAGGUAAACCGAAUAAGCUGAUUGAUAUGAUUAGCAAAAAUGGUGACCUUAGCAUCGCUCAUCUUGUUAUUUGGACGUACGAACUGAGUAAAUAUGAUGUAGAAAUCGCUUUCCUCUCUGCUCUGACGAAGACGAAGAACUCACUGAGAUGCUGUCAAACCAUGAAAGAUGACCCCUGCUUCAGAGACCCUUGUCGUGGUGGUGUAGAGUGUCAACAGAUGGAGGACAGGUUUAAAUGCAUUUGCUCGGACAUCAACCUUAACAGCGCUUGUUUGAGAGGUAAGUGGUUUUUAACUCUCUACAUGCUCAGAUGCCCUAGUUACCUCUCUUUGAUGUGCAGCGGAGAUUUUAUCAAUGAGAGUUUAAGGUUCUCGCGGUCGACAACUCGCUUGUUUGAUAUGUUGUCCUUAAAAGCUGCAUCUAGCAAGGAGACUGUUUCCGCGUGGGAAAUCGAGCUUAAGUGUCAUCUGUUGGCCUUUGUCUUCUUUGCUAUGACCUACUGCGCAACUUGCGAACCUUCCAGCUUGUUUUCUACGAAGAAUUCUUCCACCAUUUUCUCGCCACUGCAAUCUGUGUUCUUGACCUCGACGCCAAAUCUCGCUGGCGUAGCCUACGGACAAACUCUUCCGCUCUCGCCUCCAGAACAAACGAACAUGGAAACAGCUAUUAAUUCUGUUAACGAUAGAUUUCUUUCUCAAUUUGGCGUCUAUACAGGAGACCACAAGCCGGUAACUAUACGAGCAACACAAGGUUUAAGCUCCUCAAGCCUUAAAACGAACGCUCCAAUCGUGGAAGCAACGCCAUCCAGUCACACAGUGUGGCACCCACUUCAAAGUGAAAACCGCAACGCUCGACAAAGUACGAGAGGAGGAGGCGCAGCUCAAAAUCUGCAAACCUCACAAUUCACGAGGGAGAGAUCUACAAUUGGGACUAUUCUAAGCACGGCGGUGAAGUCAAGCUACAUGCAAGACAACACAAACUCAAGAACGGCGAGCGAAAUAACCAGUGCGUUUGGUAACAUAGAAAUGAGUAACACGCAAACAGCAUCACCUUAUAGCGAUAUUUCACCUACAGGGUCUUUGCCGGUCAUUAUCGCGCAAACGGCUUUAUUGCAGAGUUCUUUUACGCUGUCCAAAAGUGCGAGGUUUUCGCUAACAAGCGAACCUGAGCUUGCUCAAUCAAUAUCGUCCUCUCAUGAAAAAUUCACUGAUUCGGUUUACAGAUUGACGCUCAAUUUGCAUGUAGCGAGUAACAUGUUUAGUUCAGAUGAUUUAUCGCCCGGAAUAGCUCGCAUUAAAUCAACAUUUUUAUCGCAUUACUCUACAGGUACUGCCAAACAGGUGCAAAGCGUUUCCAGUGCUCUGCCUUCAAAAGUGAUACAAACUCGCCGCAUUACUCCGUCUUCUGCUGCACCGCAAGAGUCUUCUGCAUCUUCCGCUGUUCAGCAAGACUCGUCAUCACUCUCGACUACUGCGGCCAUAACAAAAGACUCUUCAUCUUCCAUAAUUACUGCCGUGCCUGGAGAUUCAUCAUCCUUUACAAGCCCAACCUCUCUCACAAGUACUGCUUUUAAAACGUACUCUAAAUCUGCCUCGUUAAGACAUCACAUUCACGCUACAACAGCGACUACUGCAAGCUCUUUUGCAACAAUAAUACGUUUUACUUCAGUGCAACCAUCGUUGCCAUCGUCGGUUACUGUGCAAGAGAGGCCUUCAUUAACUUGUAAAGUAAACAAUAUGGCAUGCGUUUGUUUUAACUGCAACCAAGCGCGCAAGACAUGUUGUCAGGAUCUUAUCGACCUCACAAACAUUCAGCAAGGAGUAAAAAUGACCAUGGCAGACAUUACCGUCGAGACAUUUCAUCAAAAAGUAUCGAAUGUAUCUCGCGUUAUAGCAGAAGAAAUCUUGGAUUCAUGCAAGUCCAAUUCGACUCGUUGCCUUAGCAGCGAAAAGUCAUUUGAAACGACGGGUCUACGUAAGAAACGUUCGCCGGAAACUGAUUUGUUAGAAGACUAUUCUUCUUCAAAUAGUGUAAAGACAAAAAGGGAAUCAGAUUCGUAUAUUUUUAUUCCGCAAACUCUUAGCUCAUCCGUUAACAAGGAAGCACUUCGUCCUAACAUAAACCCCUCUAAGUCUAAUAUCUCUCGUGUCAAUGUGAUAAUUUACAGUAUGUCCUCCAAGUCUGGACUUCCACAUAGAGUUGAAACGACAUUUUACGUCACUGCGACGUCCAUUAUCAACGGAACAAAUCUAACACGAGUACUUGAUGGCAAAGGUUUGAUUCAAAUUCUCAGGGAUAAGAAACGCAUGCUUGAGAAUAGAUUAAAUAUAACCAUUGACUCGUUCUCAGCUUCGCAGUCGAAACCUUCUGAACCAACAAGCUUGCCGUUUAACACAACACUGGUGCCCAAUCCCUCUCCUGGAAGAGAUAACCAACAGACGUCCUUGUCCACCCCUCAAGUGCCCACAACCGCUGUGGCCGGUCAAAGUGAGGAAGAUGACAAGGAAGGUGUUUCCCAGUCAACCCUCAUCCUCAUCGUUUGCGCAGCAAUCGGGGGCCUGGUACUACUUGUCGUUUUGUUGGUAUUCAUACUAACGCGCUUUUACCGGCAAAGAAAGGGGGAGUUCGUGCCAGACAAAACUUAUCCUAAUUCACACAGCAAGCAGAACGGCGAAGCAAGCGUCGAGGAUGUGGAAAAUAUUGCGUCAUUCAUAGACCCAUCGGCCCCCCGAAUCACUGACGUCCCACACAAGCCAGCUAGGAGCCAGUCUUCUGCUGGUGGAGGCGGCGGCGCUGGUGGAAAGAAGCCCAAGAAACCAAUGGGUGUGAAGAUUACAUAUAAACCACCAAAAUGGGAUUAACUAACAAGAAAAUAAUUUGCUACAGAUACAAAACGACUCCAGAUCGCGUGGGAAAUCAUGCAGUCAAUGGUAUUUUGUUACAGACGCGGAUUGGAAAUUUCCAAAUGUUCCCCUUCGAUUCAAAUCAACAAAGGAACAGUCGGCAACCAGUUUCAUGCUCACAAGCGUGCUGAUGUUAGAGUUGGCUCGCUAUACAGGACAAGAUGGCAAAAGACGUUAUAUUUAUCCGCAGACAUUUUGUAAGGUUUUUGAGACUGUUUAACAUGGAAUUCAAUGCUGGGCAUUUUUUAAUUCAUUCAUAUAACGGGAUGAUUUCAUUUUUCAUAAAAAUUAUCGCUGGCCAUAAGUGAUUAAAAAUUUUUAACUGGUGAAAAAGUAUUUGCAAACAAUUUUAAUCAAUGAGCAUGAGAAAUAAGUAAAAUACUCCUGGAAUUAAAUAAAAUAUGGCAGAUGUGAUAGAAAAGGAGUAAAUAGACAAAGCCAUUCAAAGAUUGACAGUCACAGUUAUCUGGUGGAAUCUUAAAUUCUCUUAUCCGGAACAGCUCUCCUUCCAACGUCAUCGCAAAUUUACACAGAGUACACUACCUUAAUUGGUCAAACUUGUUAUUGCAAGAAAAAUUACAAUCAAAUGAAUGGAGAUAACACCUAAGUAACAAAAGGAACGAGGGUUACGGAAGAUAAAGUUAAAAAAAAUUAGAAUACCAUGAACUUAGGUAUCUUCUUUGAUCGGGCAAACGUUUACCUUCAGUGGGAGGUUUUUUACUGAGCCGACAUUGUUAAUUCUCUUUGGAAUUUGAAAUACACUUCAUAUAUCUGGACUGAUUUGUAACCAGUACUCUGGUGUUCUGUGAAAUUGUAAAUUUAUACCUUUAUGAUUUGCUUUAGAAUUAAAUUAAUAAUAACGGUCUACGACAAUCAGGUUGAUGCUCUUGACCAUUAAUUUUUGAGGGUAGCGUUCAGAACGUUUGAAUUUAAGAAUCUAAAAAAACUAUCACUUUUGAAUUUACAACAGUAGAACAGAGAAUAAUUAUUAAGGCCAAAACACAAAAAUAAAAUUGGGAGGGGUAAAAUUGAGAAUAGCGUUUUUGCUAAUUGAUUGUAAUACAAACAAAUGAGUUUAUUUAUUUUCCUUUUACGGUUUCGAAAUUAAACGAGCCUUUGAAAAUCAUAAUUUUAACGGGCAAAAUUAAGAAGAUAGAAAUUAUUUUGUAUUUCUCGUUGUUGUGCAACGACUGUUUGCUUGAAAAAAAUUAAAAUUUGAAAUUCAUUAGCAGAAAACUGCACGCCUUAAUUUUAACAGGCCUAACUGAAUACAAACGCACUUUAAGCUUCAACUUAAGAAAUUUUCAGUCAGUAGAAAUUUAAUACUAUUUCCUGUGACUAUCGGGGGAACAACUGCUGAUCUCUGAUCUUCGGUCAACAGACUUGCACAAACACUGUCAAUUAUCAUCAUCCAAUCAAAAGCUUCCACGAGCUCUCUGUCUCAAGCUGUCACGUGACUCACGUCACCUUGUCAUCAUAAGAAAACGUGCCGUUGCUUAGCAGCCGCUGUAAUAAAAACUGCGGGUUCGGUCACGUGUUAGGGUUAGGAAGAUCAUUGAGAAUAUGCUGUUCUCCCAACUUCACAUCAGGCUUCUUUCAUGUUUGGCUUAUAUUGUAAUAAAGCAAGAUAAAUAAAGAUUUUAUUUUUCUGUUUCA